GAGGGGAGCAACUAACCUACCCACACUGUCUCACCACUUGCUCUCUGGAAAUGCUUCAGAUGGGCUUCUUGUUGAAGACCGGCUAGCUUUUCCUCUUAUUGCAAACAAAUAAAUAAAUAUAUAUAAAAAAAAAAAACAGAAAAUGCCAUUUGAGUCGCAGGGACACCCGGUGCGCCCUGAGAGCGCGCUCUGAGCCACUUCCACACCAGGAGGAGCGCCGGAGAAACUUGGAGCGGAGGGGAUGCGACAGCGAGCGCAUAUCUUGGCAAGGAUCAGUUAUUGAGGAUUGAAAAUGGCACACACCAGGCUAUCUGCGAGACUCUUCAUUUCCCAGCCCUGUCAUAAGAUAGCUUGAUCUGCCACAAACUGCUCAUAACUUAUAAUAAUCCCACGUACAGAAGAGAGAGAGAGUGAGAGAGGGAGAGAAAGAGAGAGAGAGGGAGAGGGAGAGAGAAAAUUCUUGCGUCUCUGCUGCAAAGACUGCCAGGCGACCGUGGAUGCAGGAUCCCGAAUUUUGAUGCGGAAAGUUGUUAAAUGAAUGGAUUUGGCGAUCUUGAUGUGAGCACAGUGGCGGAGGUUUGAGGGUGAGACACCUGCCUCUGGGAGCACCGGCGGACUCAUCAGCGGGCGGACGGACGGACUGGCGACGCGACAGGCGCUCACAUCCAAGUCUCUGGCUCAGGUUGAUCUUCUGAUGACCUAAUGGAACUGAAGUUACGAGUAGUGCUGUUUUGGGUCGUGGUGCUGCACUGUGGCCCUGCUGAUGGCAGUAUCCUGUACCGGGUCCAGGAGGAGCAGCCUCCCAACACUCUGAUCGGCAGCCUGGCAGCAGACCAGGGGCUGCCAGACUCUGGUCACCUUUACAAGCUGGAAGUGGGCGCUCCUUACCUUCGAGUCGAUGGCAAGACGGGGGACAUUUUCACCACAGAGACUCCAAUAGACAGAGAGACCUUGAGGGACUGUCGAACCCUCGCUAAGGGCAAGCUCUGCUACCUGGAAUUCGAAGUAUCGGUGACAGACCUGAUACAAAACCAGAGCCCACGACUUAUUGAAGGACGCAUCGAAGUACAGGACAUCAAUGACAACACGCCGCAAUUCCCCUCUUCUGUGCUCACCAUCUCUGUCCCUGAGAACACGAUCAUGGGGGCACUAUUCUCCAUACCCGUUGCCGCAGACAGAGACUCAGACAGGAAUGGAGUGGCUGACUAUGCGCUGACUGCGGGGCCAGAUGCAGCAACUUUAUUUGGUUUACAAGUGGCUGAUGACAGAGGAGGAAAGCUUCCACAGCUCAUUGUUCUGGGCAAUCUAGAUCGGGAGCUGAAGGAUUCUUACGACCUCACCAUCAAGGCAGUCGAUGGAGGAAACCCUCAACGCUACAGCAGUGCUUUGCUGCGAGUGGUUGUGACUGAUGCUAAUGAUAAUUCCCCCAAGUUUGAAAAGUCCACCUAUGAGGCAGAAGUUUCAGAAAAUAGUCCAGCGGGGCACUCUGUGUUGCAGGUCAAAGCCAAUGACUCUGAUAUGGGCCCAAAUGGAGAAAUUGAGUACACUCUUCACCAAGCAGUUGACCCAGUCCCCAGACUCCUACGAAUCGAUCGGUCCAGUGGCAUCAUCUACGUCAAAGGACCUCUGGACAGAGAGGAAAUAAGCAGCUUGUCCUUCUAUGUGGUGGCGAGAGAUAAGGGUCCUCAACCUAAAAGCUCAAAAACAUUUGUAACUAUAGAGGUGACUGACCAAAAUGACAACGCCCCGGCUGUUGAGAUCCGUGGAAUUGGUCUUGUGACUCACAGUGAAGGGAUCGCCAACAUAUCUGAGGACAUGCCAGUGGGGACAGCUGUUGCUUUGGUGCAAGUGUCUGACAAGGAUGAAGGAGAGAAUGCUGUCGUCACUUGCGUGGUAGCAGGAGACGUGCCCUUCCAGCUUCGCCCUGCCAGCGACUCGUCGACUGACAACAAGAGGAAAUAUUUCCUACAGACCACCACUCCUCUUGACUUUGAAAGAGUUAGGGAUUACAGAGUUGAAAUUGUGGCUGUGGAUUCAGGAAACCCAGCCCUCUCCAGUACAAAUUCUUUAAAGGUGCAGGUGACUGAUGUAAAUGACAACUCUCCAAUAUUCUCACCAACUUUGUUUGAGGUCGACUUUGCUGAAGAAAACCAAUCAGGAGACAAAGUUUUGGAUGUUACGGCCUCAGAUGCAGACAGUGGCACCAAUGCCGAACUGCUCUAUAACAUUGUGGCAGACUCCUCCAUCAAAGGUUUGUUUGAGAUCGAUCCAAACACAGGUGCAGUAAGAGCACGAAGUCCGUUAGAUCGUGAACAUAAAGAACGCUACGAGUUCCGGGUCACUGCGGCAGAUAAAGGGUCACCUGUUCAUAAAGGAACAGCAACUGUUGUGAUAAAAGUCCUUGACCGAAAUGACAACGACCCUAAAUUCAUGCUGAGUGGAUACAGCUUUUCUGUUCUGGAAAACAUGCCUCCCCUCAGUCCAGUUGGCAUGGUGACAGUUCUCGAUAUGGACAAGGGUGAGAAUGCUCGGGUUCACCUCUCUGUAGAGCCCGAUGGAGGAAAGUUUGUAGUUCAAAAUGGAACAGGUACCAUCCUCUCAAGCAUCUCUUUUGACCGAGAGAAAGAAAGCAGCUACACGUUUCGUCUAAAAGCCGUGGACGGAGGAGAGCCACCCAGAUCCUCCUAUGUGGGGGUCACCAUCAAUGUGCUGGAUGAAAACGACAAUGACCCAGUGAUCACUAAACCGUCCAACUCCUCCUUCAGGCGCUUGUCACCUCUGGCUUCUCCGGACAGUCACGUCGAGGUGGUGGAAGCUGAAGACCUGGACAGCGGGCCCAAUGCAGAGCUGGUUUUCAGCAUUGCUGGCGGGAACCCUUACCAGUUAUUCCGCAUUUCCCCCUCCAGUGGCGAGAUCACUCUGGCCAAGGAGAUGACCCGCAAGCAUGGUGGACUACAUCGUCUGGUGGUGAGAGUGAGUGACAGGGGGAAGCCUGCACGCCAUGCCACUGCCCUUGUCCACAUCUAUGUCAAUGAAACUAUUUCAAAUGUCAGCUUAGUGGAGGCCUUAGUUGGACACAGUCUUUACACUCCACUGGACAGGGACAUUGCUGGUGAUCCCGAUAAUGGCUUUGCAGCCCAGAGAAGUAACAUUUUGUUUGGAAGCCUUGCUGGUGUGGCAGGCGUUGUAAUGUUAAUCCUGGUGGUGGUAUUUAUUCGACACCGCAUCCAAAGAGAAACUAAAAGUGGGUAUCAGGCUGGGAAAAAGGAAACAAAGGACUUAUAUGCCCCCAAACAGGCACCAAAAAAUGCCAAAGGCAAACGAGGACGGAAGGGCAAACCACAGAAGUCCCCAAAACCACUCGGGGAAGAGGAAGAGGUCAGCCUUCAAAAAAGUCUGAAGUUUAACCUUGAUGGAGUCAAUGAUAGCCCCAGGAUACACCUGCCCUUAACGUAUUCACCAGGAAGCCCCGAUAUAGGCAGGCAUUACCGCUCCAAUUCCCCCUUACCGUCCAUCCAGCUGCAAGCCCAGUCACCCUCGGCCUCCCAGAAGCACCAGGCCGUCCAGGACCUGCCCGCUGCCAACACCUUUGUAGGAACAGGAGGCGACGACAACUCAACCGGCUCAGACCAGUACUCAGAUUACAGCUACAAGACCAGCCAGCCGAAGUACAACAAACAGCAUCCCCAUCGGCGAGUGACCUUUUCCACCACCAACCCCGUGCAGGACCUGCAGGAUGCCUCUCAGCACAGCUACUAUGACAGCGGCUUGGAGGAGUCGGAGACUCCCAGCAGCAAGUCGUCAUCCGGGCCUCGCAUCGGACCGCUGACCCUACCUGAGGACCACUAUGAGAGGACCACUCCAGAUGGCAGCAUUGGAGAGACUGAACACCCAGAAAAUGAUAUCCGCUCCCUCCCCGACGUGGCAAUGACUGGAAACUGCACCACCGAGUGCAGCGAACUGGGCCACUCGGAUGCCUGCUGGAUGCCCGGGCAUCCCUCCCCCGUACGCAAGACCAGGAACCCCCCGAAACUCUCCACCUUCGUGCCUUACCAGGAGAGAGGGAGCCUGGGUCGCCUGGCCAACGGGAGCGCCAGGCUGGGUGGCGAGGAGCACCGGUCGCGCCUUCCGCCCUCCCGCAGUGCCUAUUCCAGCGGUGGUCACGACGUCAAUCAGGACUGCCCCUUGGAGGAAAUGCCCCUGAGCGUUGCCUCCGAGUUCCCACCCACCUCCCCUUCCACCCAUACUCCCAAAAGAGAAAUUUACCUGUGAGGAACACACUCAUCCGACCAGUACACAACUGAAGGAAAGAUACACCCACUUCAGAAGGAGAAACAGGCUGUCCACACGCUAAAGCCAAUGCCCGUUUUGUAGUUAACAGUAGGCUGUGACUCAUCCAAUCACUGGCAUGAACACUUGUUUUUGUCAUUUCCUCCUUAAAUUAUUAAUUUAUUAGCAUAUUUAUUAAUGAUUCCACAAAGUUAAUUGAUGCACUCAUUCAUCUAUUUAUUCAAAAUCUUGAAGGAUACAACUCCGACAGCUGAAAUGGAACUGCAGAUGGUAAUUGCUACUUAAGUAGUGACUAAUUCUUGUUGUAGUUAGCCGAGUCCCAUUCUGUGAAGUGAUCUCUUGAAAUUUGAAAGUUGUGCUCAGUGCUAUUGUGCCAUUAUUAGAUAUAAUUUAAUACGCAGCCAGUCAGGCCAUAUCGGAAGGCGUAACACUUUUGACUAACAAUCAAGUGAAAUGGUCUCUCUUAAUGUACAGUGCUGUAAAUACAUUUGAAUGGUGUGUUCUACAUAUAUUUUUGUCUGGCAUAAGCUGAAAAAAAUUGCCUCAGAAUUUUAGCAUAUUUAAGCUUUUCUUUACUGCUGCUGUUUAAACUUGAUUGAAACCAUCCUCCCCGGAGUGGAGCUCAAUAUUGUGGAAGGCAUUUAUCCGCUCCGCACAGACACACACAUACACAUACACACACACACACACAGAGGAACUGACACACACGUGCGCGCACACCUUCGACCCCUAAUCAUAGUAGAAUGGCCUUUACCUCUGCUCCCCGUAGAGCGCUGCCACUGGUGGAGAGAGCUGUGUGGCAGCAUUUAAACUGACAUUAUGUUCCACUGACUCGCAGCACUGUGACCCGUCGUUCAUCAUGGAAAACGGUUGACUUGGCCACAGAACCCCCCCAGAGUCACAGUGACCAAACGUGGAGUGCCCACUGGACACAUCCUGAUUGGCUUCUCGUCCUGUCGUCGGGAAUAUAGUGGGUGUAUCCGUUUCUGAAGGCUCUCCUCCGUUGUGACAAUCAGACGGCGCUACUUGUAACUUACAAUCCGUUCCUCUCAAACCCAUACCCCUUCUCGCCUCACAGUCCAUGAGAACGAAUCUAGAUCUAAUGAACGCCUGAGGAGUUAUUUACACUAAAGGGCACUGGAGCGUUGAGAGCCGCCGGAGGGAUGGAGUUCUUAUGGGGCUUAAUAUCACGCUAAUGUAAACAAACCUCCUCAUCCUGGCUCCUCCUUCUGUUGUGUUUAGCAUCAAAUCUCACUGAAU